AUGGCGCAAGACAAACCGGCGAUGUCGACGCGCGAGCGCUUCCAACACUUUACGCCCAUGGUGGCAUUCAUUACUUUUUAUAUGUCCAUCUGCGCGUUCAACUUUGGCUACGAUGUUGGCAAUUUCUCCGGGGUCCAAGGAAUGAGCAGCUUUGCGCGGCAGUUUGGCAAGUAUGAUGCCAAAACAGAUACCUGGGCGAUACCUGGUUAUCUUUCCUCUAUCAUGACAUCCAUGCCAUUUUUUGGGAAAGCAAUUGGCGCUGCCUGCUGCGGUUGGAUCGCAGAACGAUAUGGCCGCAAGGUCGCUGUAGCUGUUCUCGCCAUUACCUCACUAGUCGGCGUUCUGCUCCAAGUCUCCGCGACGACGGCGGGCCAGUUCACGCUGGGCCGAGUGAUUAACUUCGGCAUGACCGGCUUCACCAUCGUGGUUGUGCCCAUCUACCAGGCCGAAUGCGCCCCCAAGGCUAUUCGGGGCCUCUGCAACUCCACACUCCAGAUGAUGAUCAUGUGCGGGCAGACAAUUGCCUCUCUGGUGGUCUAUGGCACGGAGAAGCUCUCAGGAAACAAGGCCUGGCAGAUUCCUACCGGUCUGCAGUUCCUGGUUCCGCUCAUCCUGUUGGCGCUGCUUCCCUUGAUCCCAGAGUCUCCUCGCUGGCUACUUGCUCGUCAUCGCAUCGACGAAGCGACCAUUUCGCUACGUCGGCUCCGAGGCGAGGCGGUCAGUAACGAUAGAAUUGAAGACGAGAUCCAGGAGCUUCAGUUGGCCAAUACCAACGAUGGCAAGGGCAGUUGGCAAGAGGUCUUCAGCAAGAAGAAUAAACGUCGCACCACGGUAGCCAUUCUGGCGAUGUUCGGACAGCAGAUCACCGGCCAGGCAUUUAUCAGCCAGUAUAGUGUGGUCUUCUACGAGGGACAGGGAUUCGGCAGCAAGUCCUUCCUCUUCAACAUCAUCAAUAAUGUGUGUGGUGUGGCAGGGACUAUCAUUGCCUUUAUGGUUGUGGAUGGAAUGGGUCGUCGGCCUCUCCUGUUGGUUGGUGGCGCCCUGAUGGGCACGUUUCUCCUCAUUGUCGGAGGCAUCUCGACGAAUCCACAUCCUCCCCAGGCAGCGCGGAAUACGAUGGUCGCCUCUCUCGCCCUUUACACUUGUAUGUUCUGUGUCUCGUGGGCGCCGGUGUCCUAUGUCGUGCUCAGCGAAAGCGCCGCGUCGCGGGUAAAGGAAAAGACGAACCUGCUGGCAUGCAUCAUCUCGGUGCUGACGACGUUUGUCACCACCUUUACGAUGCCGUACCUGAUUGACGCGGGCUACGGGAACCUCGGCGGCAAGGUUGGCUUCGUGUACGGGUCGAUCUGUUGGGCGUACGUGGUAGUGACAUGGUUUGGCAUCCCAGAGCUUAAAGGCCGCACGCUGGAAGAGGUGGACUACAUGUUCGAUUCGGGGGCUCGCCUGUGGCAGUUCUCCUCCAUCCGCGUACCAACGCGAGAGGAGGAGAGUGUUGAAAGUGUGGUUGGGAAGUAG